ACACCAUCACCCAAAAUCUAGAACCCAGCCCAGUUCAAGAUGCUUUCAAUCACGAAAGUUUUCGUCGCCAGCGGCAUCCUCAUGGCUUCCGCCGUUGCCUUCUCUGGCGACAUGACAUACUUUAAGACAGGCCUUGGGUCUUGUGGUGCCGUAAGCAAGGACACGGAUCCCGUAGUCGCUAUGUCGCCUAAUCAAAACGGCCAUUGCGGGAAACUUAUCAAAAUAAACUACAGCGGCAAGACGGCCACCGCUACUGUGGUGGACAAAUGUCCUGGAUGUAGUGGGGACAGCAUCGAUGUCUCCACGGCCGUAUUUACCCAGUUGGCCCCGUUAUCAACCGGAAGAGUUGCUGUCACUUGGGACUAUGUCUGA